AUGUAUAAACCAGAGGUAAUCAACACCGUUAAAAGGAACUUUUACGUUGACGACUGCUUAAAAUCAGUUUCUUCUGAUGAGAAAGCAAUCGAGUUAGCCGCAGACUUACAGUCAUUGUUAAGGAGAGGAGGAUUUCGUCUGACGAAAUGGCUCAGCAAUAAGAGAGAUGUCGUUGAAUCUAUCCCAGAGUCAGAACGAGCGCCAUCUAUAAUGAAUCUUAGCAAGAGCGACAGUUUGCCAGUAGAUCGUGCCCUCGGUGUUCAGUGGAAUGUAGAGAAAGAUGAACUCAAAUUUAAAGUGAAAGUAAGUGAAAAGCCAAUAACAAGACGUGGCAUCCUUUCCAUCGUCAGUUCCAUAUUCGAUCCCCUUGGACUGGUAGCACCAGUAACUCUACGUGCAAAAGCUAUAGUACAAAACCUAUGUAGACAGAAGCUUUCAUGGGACGAUCCUAUCCCUGAAAAAGAUACGUACGAGUGGAAACAAUGGUUAGAUACUCUUCCAUAUUUAGAAUCUGUCUCUGUGAGAAGAUGUUUUAAACCACAGGACUUUGGAACCUUAAAGAAUGUCCAGCUACAUGUAUUCUGCGACAGUUCUCAACUUGGUUACGGCGCAUGCGUGUACUUGAGAUUAAAAGAUGAAAAGAACCUGAUUUCAUGCUCUCUGGUUGCUGGAAAAUCACGACUAGCGCCAAUAAAACAGACAUCUAUUCCAAGACUUGAACUUUCAGGAGCAGUUGUCGCUUCCCGGCUUUAUACGCUAGUAGCAGACGAACUAGAAAUAGACAUUGACAGUGUGACAUUCUGGACAGAUUCUAUGAUUAUCCUUGGAUAUAUUAAAAACGAAACCCGGAGAUUCAAAACCUUUGUUGGAAAUAGGGUAAGUGAAAUUCAUGAUGUGACGUCACGAGACCAAUGGAGACACGUAGAUACGGCUUCCAAUCCAGCAGACGUCGCUUCUAGAGGAAUGCAUGCCAGUGAUUUUAAGACAAUGAAAUUUUGGAUGCAUGGACCUGAAUUCCUUCAGAAAGAUGAAAGCCAUUGGCCAAGCCACCUAACUAAACCUGAAUUAGACGACGACGACACUGAGCUGAAAAAAGAGGUUGUCGUCAACACAACUAGUGCAGUUGAAACCAUUCAAAGUAUAAUAGAUAGAUACUCCAGUUGGACGAAGCUGAGAAGGGCCGUUGCUUGGUUACUAAGAUAUAAGGCAUACUGCAGACGUAAACACUUAAACCACACCUUGGGACUGAGUGAAGGUGACUUAAGCACCAAUGAACUCAACAUGGCGGAACAUACCAUAUUAGCGUUGGUUCAACGUACGUCGUUUACCGAUGAGAGAAUAUGUCUACAAAAUGGGAAUUCUGUAAGAAAAGACAGUUGUUUAGCAUCUUUGAACCCGAUUAUACACCAUGACCUGAUCAGAGUACAAGGACGCUUACAAUGCGAAUAUCCAAGUAAAUAUCCAGUCGUACUACCUAGCAAACACCAUGUAACAAAACUAAUAAUAAAACAUAUCCACGAACAUAAUGGUCACGUUGGAAAAGAGCAUGUACUUUCUAUGUCACGUGAGAAAUAUUGGAUUCUACACGGACCUAGCGCAGUGAAGAGUAUUUUGAGAGGUUGCAUCCCAUGCAGACGACAACAUACACCGUUAAUGACCCAACAGAUGGCGCCCUUGCUUGACGAGCAGACGACACCGGAUAUGCCACCAUUUUCCCAUAUUGGAAUCGAUUAUUUCGGACCAUUUAUUGUGAAGACAGCUCGUGCACGAGAAAAGCGUUAUGGUUGUAUUUUCACGUGCCUAACGUCGCGUGCGGUACAUUUUGAAAUUGCUCACAGUCUAUCUACUGAUUCCUUCAUAUCUGCCUUUCAACGCUUUCAAAGUCGAAGGUGA